AUGAGUGACAAAAUGCGAUCCAAAUCGCGGCAAACGGAUAGUCGGAGCUCUUCGCCGGCCCUUCAAUCGGUUCCCGCCUUAAAACGUGUGAACAGCUUCCGGACGGAUCCCAUUUGUCCGACAUUUGCCGAGAUUCGCGGCAAUAUUGUGCCCAUUUUGAAGCCAAACUUCUUGAAGGGUCCGUACAGUAGCGUUGAACGCUAUCUCGAGGUUCAGUAUUCGCUUCUUCGCGAGGAUUUGGUCCGUUCGCUGAGGAGUGGUAUUCACGAGUUCAUGCAUUGCGGACAAAAUGGCCGCCGAAUCCCAGAGAUCAGAGUUUACGGCAAUGUGUCGAUACUGGAGAGGAGUGCGAAAUCGUUGUCCACCUAUUGGGCUAAGUUUGAUGUCAGCCAAUUGCCGCCAAUCAAUUGGAUGUUCACAAAACGUCUAAUUCCCGGCUCAUUGCUGUGUCUGUCGGCCAACAACUUCCGCACAUUUUGUUUCGCUACGGUGUCCGCCGACCGUUUGGUCGAAGAUCUGGCCAACGGUUUGAUUCAAUUGGAGUUGGAGUCCGAGAGUCUGACCGAUGAAUUCAAACACAUCGACCACAUGAAGACAUAUGUGAUGAUUGAGUCGGAAGUGUAUUACGAGGCCUACAAACACAAUCUGAAGACUCUUAAGCAGUUCGCGGAGAAUACGUUUCCAUUCAAAGAGCAAAUCGUUUAUUUGGCGAAAGGAGUGUUGCGACCGAAGUAUUUGACUUUCGAUACCACUUACGACAUGCACUCUAUCGUCGUCUUAGGCCAUCGACACUACCACUGA